AUGUACAGUAGGUGGGCCGUGCGUCAGCUGAUGACGUUGGACAACAAAAAUGGCAGGAGGAAGCAGCAACUACUGGGAAGGUGAGGUGGCAAACUGGCACAACUAGGGUGCGAUCAGACAGAGCUAUUUGAUACAUUUGCAGCGAUGUUUGGUAAAUUAUAACGGGUUUUACAGGCCAAAGGUGUUGUCAAAUUUGGAGCAAGUCGACAUGCGGUUGGGUUGGGUGGCCUGUCCACGAGCUCAGCUAGCUAGCAAAACAAGCUUUGCUAGCAAGUGAAGCGUUUAUGGAUGUAACGUUAACGUCAGCUAGUUAGCUAGCUAAUGUUGGUUAGCCUAGCGAGCUAGCUUCAAAUAUUUAUACAAACUUUAGGUUGUAGCUAGCUAGCUAUUUUAGAUUAGUUGUAUAGUUAGCAAGCUAUCUUACUAGGUUGCUGUCAAGUUGAUUAACUAGCUAUGUGAUUUCAGUUUCACCUAGCUAGUUAGUUAUUUAGUUAUCAAUAUGUUCAGCCAAGGUUAGACAAAUUAUGUUUGUGUGCUAGCUAGCUAGUUGGUUAGCCAGCCAAGUUAUAUUGUCAACAGCAGCAGGAUGAUUAGAGAGUGCUGCCUGAUUUGUUUUUUUGUCUCCACGUUAACUACGUACCACUAUUGUAUGUAUAGAUGGCUAAUUGAAUACAGUACUUGAAUACAGAAAAUAUUUGAUGUUUAACUAGCUAUAUGAAAAAGACAGCAAGACAACAUCUGAUUAAUAUGACUGAUUAGCUAUGUGGAUUACAAUCUUUCUGUAGGCUUACCUUACUGUUGAUGCCAACCCUGUUUCUCAAUUCCAAACUGUGUGUGUGUGUGUGUCUGCUGUGUGUGUUGCACAUCCCAGAUUUGCGAAAGCAGGCCAGGCAGCUGGAGAAUGAGCUGGACCUGAAGCUGGUGUCCUUCAGUAAACUGUGUACCAGCUACAGCAGCUCCAGAGAUGGCCAUCGAGGAGACAGGUAAGACUAAGGCCAGUUCCAUUUAGGUCCCUAACCCCUUCGCCUAGGUCCUACAUUACAGGUGAGACUAGUGCCCAGUCCCAUUCAGGUUUCUAGCCCCUUCCCCUAGCUCCUAGCCUUCUACACCUUCGGGGCCAGUUUCCCAAACAGUGAUUAAGCCUUCUCCUGGACUAAAAAGCACUUUCAUCCUUGGUGUUCAUGGAUCUGAAACGACUGAUAGGUGUUACAAAUAUGGUGGUACAGUACCUCCACCAAGCCCACAUGUUGAGAGUUCUAAUGGUCUUUCUCUCCCUCCUUGUCUUCCUCUCUGCCCUAUAGCAACUCAGAUACUACUCCCCUCCUCAACAACUCCACACAGGACAGAAUGUUUGAGACCAUGUCUGUGGAGAUUGAACAGCUGCUGGCGAAAGUAAGACUUCACAGCAAAUAAUUCUCAUUAUAUGCAGUUUAUUUGAAAUUUCAGAAUGUGUUUUUGUCCUCAAGUAGUAUUCAGCUUCACUAUCAUAGGCAUGUCAACAUGGUUGAAUCUUGCAUUGUUGUGUGUAUGUGUACUGACGGUGCUGUGUCUCUCAGCUCACGGGUGUGAACGACAAGAUGGCGGAGUACACCAGCACCCCGGGGGUGACGUCCCUUAACGCAGCCCUGAUGCACACGCUCCAGAGACACAGAGACAUCUUGCAAGUCUGUGUCUCUCUUACUCUUUCUACCUUCCUGUUUCUCUCUCUUUCUUUAUCUCCCUCCCUCUUUCUUUGUUUCACUCCCCCUGUCUCUCGUCUAUUCGUCUCUCAGGACUUAGUCCUAACUUGAGAUCUGCAUGCAUCAUUUCAACUCCCAUAGGGUUAAUAGUUUUGCAUUCCCUUAACUCCUGUUUUUUUUGCUGUACCCUAGGACUACACUCACGAAUUCCACAAAACAAAAGCCAACUUCCUUGCCAUCCGGGAGAGAGAAGAUUUGCUAGGGUCUGUCCGCAAAGACAUUGAGUGAGUAUCUCUCCCUCCAGCCAUCCCUCCAUUCAUAUUGAUUAUUAUGGUUCUGUAUGUAAAAACACUCCCUCAUUUGUGUCUCAAAUCCUAAUCGCUUGACAGUGAAAACAAAAGAGAAUAGAAUACAAGUCCUGCACGCUGUUUAGAUGCUGAAGUUUAUUUUAAAAAAAAGUUUUAGUGACAUUUCACUCACUUCGGGUGGGGUGACAAAAGCAUAUACAAUGAAAGGGUAAAGCACUGCAUUUAACCUUUCUUUAUAGGCAUUUUCACACUCACCACAUACGCUGCUGACUUGUAAAACCUUCAGGAAUCAUGUCCUCCAUGUAGGGCUGGGCGAUAUGGCCAAAAUUAUCAUAUCACCGUAGUUUUCAAAUGUGAUGUUUCUGAGUAAAACAAGUUCUAAAUAUGCUUAGGGGUAGUGCAUGGCAACAAAUUAAUUAUCUGUUGUUUUAAUGGGCUUUCUCCAUUCUGAUUGCUUUAUACUGUUCAAAUAAACUUCAACCAAAAAUAAUAGGAGGACAAAACUGACUUUGAAGUAGUCCUAUUUGUAGAACAUUGCAUAGGAAUGAAAGUCCUCUUUUGUAACCUCAAACUCUUUUACUCGACCAAUGGUUCCCAUUUCCAUAGUUAUUUGUUCAAUUCCAGCAUUCACUUACAGCUUUUUCAUAAAUUCAUUUCCUGCAGUAAUUUAUCAUUUACACACUGUCACUUUUUGUUUUUGUAAUAGUAUGCCAGAGCUCUUGCAGCAUGAACUGACAUGUUGUCCACCCAAUCAAAGGAUCAGAGAAUGAACGCAUUUGUAGCGGUUAUGACAUGGCUUGGAAAGUUUUUUUUGCCUGGUCACAUACAGCUCAUGUGUUGUUCAUUGAAGUCCACAAACGAAGGGAAAAGGUGAAAGGAGGAGAGUGCAUAGAGGCGAGAAGGAAUAUAACGUGGCUGCUAUGAAAGUGAACUCUGUUUAUACGUGAUUAGGGGUGUAUUCAUUCCGCCGAUUCUGUUGAAAAAAAAAAUUCUUAAACGGAAGCAAACGAAACGGGGAUGAAAAUACCAGAAUUUGUCCAAUAGAAACUCUCAUUUGCAACUGUUGGACUAAUGAUUACACCCUAGAUCAGCUAGAUGCAGGCAAGAGUGUGCAAGGCGGUAUUGAAUGUGUCACUGUCCAUGUGUCACUGUCUGUCAUCUCAAAUUUUUUGCACCUACAUUGUAAACUUUAAUUCAUAGGCUAGGUUGUAGCAAACUCAUGAUGGGUAUUGGGAAAAUUAGAGUAUCAUGUAGUAGCCUUAACCUAUCGACGUUUCAUUGAACUGUGUGAAUGGAAUCUGAAUGACAGUCAUCCAACAUGCUGUAAUAGAAAUAAGGCCAUGCUCAUGAAGAAAAAAAUUGUCCUCCCUCAUCAUAAACGGCUCUAACCGCCACUGAUACCAAUAUCGUUUUUUAUGGUUUACCGCCCAGCCCUACCUCCAUGGGCCUCUGUAAUGAGAGAGAGAGAAGGUUCUCAGUGCUCCACUGAUUGGCUUGGUAGUGAAUGAGGAGAUUGAAAUGAGGGCUGGGCAACCAGACCAUGACUCUUGUCUGUGUUUUUUAAUGGCUUAUUGAUCUAUCUAAGAUGCAGCAGGCCACACCAUGAGACCACUGCAGGAUUCCUAUUGAGCACACACACACACACACGGCACACACCCCUCCUUAUAUAUGCAGAUAGCCUUAUUCAUCAGCACUCGCUGUUGUUCCCUGCAGUCAUGCGUGUUCUCCAUGUGCUCCACAUUAACCAUACAUCAUAGUGCCUGGGAAUGAACCUUUCACUGUUCUGUUGGCUGUGGACUGAAUUUAUAAUUGUUCCGCUUGAGAAAAGGACAUUACUGCCCACCCACACAAUGUGAUGGGAAAUGUGAGCUUUAUUUUAGUGGUAUUCCUGUCCUUUCAUCACAGUUUUCAGAAAACUGAAGUCCCCAAAGGACCAUUUUUAUUAUUGUGUGCAAUCUGAGCCAUGUAGCCUACAUGGUGUAUGAUUACUGUAAUCAUUAACGUACACAUUUGGAAAUGACAUGCUACAUACAUGCUGCUCCUCAAGGAUUUAGACGGGUGUUGUAAUGCUUUCAAAGCCCAUGUGCUUGAAUCUUGUGGCGUGCUAACGCUGAACUAACACACACUAAUAGCCAAGCUACUGAAGCGAACGACAGUGCUAAUAAUCAGUACAACAGCGCUAAGCUAACAAGAACCCCUAUUGUCUUGUACUAUAUACUAUGAAGCAUUGAGUUGGCAUCAUAGUGGGACUCCUCCUGGGAGGGCGGUAAGGUGGAUGGAUGCCAGGAGGCUAGAGCGCUGCCGUGAGCACUAGACUGGAGAGACGACCUUAGGCUGGGCUGUCAGCUCGUGGUUCUAGCUGCAGUCCUGGUCCAACACAGCACCACUAGAGAAGAGACACAGGCAGUCAUACAGAAACUUGGAGCAUCCAUUUCCAGGAAACUCAGAGCGAGAGAAAGUGAGGGAAAGAGGAGGGAGAGAGAUGGACAGAUUGAGAGAGACUGAGAUGAUAGAAGUGGUAGUCUGUCAGGGCACCACUGGGAUGCUUCACCACUAUUCUUUAACAGUUGUUGAUUUUGUCAAGGUCCACAAGUUCUAAGGCCAUUUCAGUUUCUCUGAUACAGCUAUACAUGAUGCUAUACAGUCAUGAAAUGGACCUAUAGUCAUUUUGUCUUCACUCCUCUACUACUUCGCUGACCUGACUAUAAAUAGGAGAAUUCAGCAUAUCUUCUAGUAUAAGAGAACUGUUGUAUCCUCUUGUUUCUACCCAUUUAUUGUACAGUAUGUUCAAGCUUCAUACAGACUUUAGACUGUAUUGGUAAAUCAUCAUGGCAACCCGAUCAUGCACAUUUUCAGCCUCUUGUGUCGUCCAAUGUUCUCCUUUGAGCCUUCCCACAUAAAUCCAUGUUAUGUGUUGAUCAAUAUUAUGGCAGCUUGCAACUGUUUGUUUGCUGGCCAUCCUAGUUACUUCGCUUAUAUGUCAAAGUCCACUGUAAUGUCGCCUACCGUUGUUGGGCUUCUUUGAAUCAAUCUAGUAUAUUGGACUGUUUAUAAGAUCACCAUACAAUCAUCUUAUCUUAUCAGUACUGUUUGCAAUAUUUCUUAAAUAAUGUAUUACUUACUGUAACCACACAAUGCCAAACCCCCUAAUAAGCAUCUUUAAAAGAUCCCUGCCAGCAUGACAUAAUGACACAUUAUCCACCAUGGAUGUUCCAUCUCUAAUAGGCUUGGGCGAUACCCUGGUAUAUGGUAAAAACUGUAUAUUUCGAAAUACUGGUAUGAUUUUCAAUACUGUAAUAAAAAUAAAAGGGGGGGGGGGGUACGUGCUACGCCACUGCUUAUAACUAGAAGUUAAUUAUAACUUGAUGUGUCAAUUAAAUUAUAUCCAGCACAGGGCUCCAUCUAUGCAUUUGGUUUGCUAACUUGCUAGCUAAGUGGCUAGAUGUCAAGAUCAAGCUUCUUGGUUACAGCAGAAACAUUCGAUCAUAGAGAUCCUAUUAAAUUACUAAUAGUAUUCUAAUUCCUAAUUCUAUGCAUUCAUCCCCUCCUGGAUCAAGUAUUGAAACAAUGGCUACCUCUCUUUUCCCCAGGUCAGUGGAAAGGAAGGAGAGCAUCAAUAAAGUGCUUAUGGGCUUACAGCCUAUAGGUAGUCCAGCAGCCACUUCCUAUAGCAGCCACUGCAGUGGGAAUUGAGAGUAGCGCUAAUGAGCUUUCGACAGGGGUUGUUGGGUGCUCAUAUCGACUCUGUGAGCGGCCUAAACAACAAUGUGCCGUUUGUAUAGGCUACUUGGUGAACAGUAUAGUAUUAAGCAAUAAAGCCCGAGGAGGUGUGGUAUAUUUACAGCUAAGGGCUGUUCUUAGGCACGACGCAACAUAACGAUGACACAUUAGCCGUAGUGUAUUGGCCAUAUACAGUGCAUUCGGAAAGUAUUCAGACCCUUGACGUUUUCCAUAUUUUGUUGCGUUACAGUCUUACUCUAAAAUUUAAAUACUUUUUUUUCCUCAUCAAUCUACACACAUUACUCUAUAAUGACAAAGCGAAAAUAGGUUUUUAGAAAUUUUAGCACACAUUUAUAAAAAAUAACAAAUACCUUAUUUACAUAAGUAUUCAGACACUUUACUAUGAGACUCGAAAUUGAGCUCAGGUGCAUCCUGUUUAUGUUGAUCAUCCUUGUUGUUUCUACAACUUGAUUGGAGUCCGCCUGUGGUAAAUUCAAUUGAUUGGACAUUGUUAUGAGUUUCUAUGGUAUCAACUAAUUCAUGAUGCAAGAAGAUAUUUAACACUUAGCUGGGGAGUUCAUAUAAAUAUUUAAUAGGUACCAUUGUUCGUUAUAACAAAAGGACAGUGCUUUGCCUCUUGCCAUUCCGAACUAACUAGACAAAGAAACCCUCUCAUUUAUAUACCCUCUGUUACACGUUUCUUCAACCACAUCUGGUAAGCAUCCGUGUGCACUCCCUUCUCUGAUGUUAUUCCGUUGUACCCCAAGUCAAUAUAUCAUAUCCAUCAAUCAUUCUAAGAUAAACAUCAGUAAUCUCCCUUGACAUAACGGAAUCCUUGGUGUUCAGACUGUGUGGCAGCAAGUCACUUUCUACUAAAUUCAACCUGGUUCCCACCACACUAUGAAAACAUAACAGACAUGAUUUGGAAAGGCAUACACCUGUCUAUAUAAGGUCCCACAGUUGACAGUGCAUGUCAGAGCAAAAACCAAGCCAUGAGGUCGAAGGAAUUGUCCGUAGAGCUCCGAGACAGGAUUGUUUCGAGGCACAGAUCUGGGGAAGUGUACCAAAACAUUUCUGCAGCAUUGAAGGUCCCCAAGAACACAGUAGCCUCCAUCAAUCUUAAAUGAAAUAAGUUUGGAACCACCAAGACUCUUCCUAGAGCUGGCCGCCUGGCCAAACUGAGCAAUCGGGGGAGAAGGGCCUCGGUCAGGGAGGUGACCAAGAACCCGAUGGUCACUCUGACAGCGCUCCAGAGUUUCUCUGUGUAGAUGGGAGAACCUCCAGAAGGACAACCAUCUCUGCAGCACUCCACCAAUCAGGCCUUUAUGGCAGAGUGGCCAGACGGAAGCCACUCCUCAGUAAAAGGCACAUGACAGCCCGCUUGAAGUUUGCCAAGAGGCACCUUAAGACUCUCAGACCAUGGGAAACAAGAUUAUCUGGUCUGAUUGAACUCUGGCCUGAAUGCCAAGCCUCACAUCUUGAGGAAACCUGGCACCAUCCCUACGGUGAAGCGUGGUGUCAGCAUCAUGCUGUGGGGAUGUUUUUCAGCGGCCGGGACUGCGAGACUAGUCAGGAUCGAGGGAAAGAUGAACGGAGCAAAGUACAGAGAGAUCCUUGAUGAAAACCUGCUACAGAGCGCUCAGGACCUCAGACUGGGGCGACGGUUCGCCUUCCAACAGGACAACGACCCUAAGCACACAGCCAAGACAACGCAGGAGUGGCUUCGGGACAAGUCUCUGAAUGUCCUUGAGUGGCACAGCCAGAACCCAGACUUGAACCCAAUGAACAUCUCUGGAGAGACCUGAAAAUAGCUGUGCAGCGACACUCCCCAUCCAACCUGUCAGAGCUUGAGAGGAUCUGCAGAGAAGAAUGUUAGAAACUUGAGGUUAUAAUCGCUGCCAAAGGUGCUUCAACAAAGUACUGAAUAAAGGGUCUGAAUACUUACGUAAAUGUGAUGUUUUAGUUUUGUCAUUAUGGUGUAUUGUGUGUAGAUUGAGGAAAAAUAACAAUUUAAUCAAUUUUAGAAUAAGGCUAUAACGUAAAAAAUGAGGAAAAGGUCAAGGGGUCUGAAUACUUACCGAAUGUACCACAAACCCUUGAGGUGCCUUAUUGCUAUUAUAAACUGGUUACCAACGUAAUUAGAACAGUACAAAAAUUUUUUGGGGUCAUACCCCUGGUAUAUGGCUUUCAGCCAAUCAGCAUUCAGGGCUCAAACCACCUAGUUUAUAAUUGUGUGUGUGUGUGUGUUUAUGUGUGUAUGUGUGUGUAUAUAUAUAUACAGUGAAGGAAAAAGGUAUUUGAUCCCCUGCUGAUUUUGUACGUUUGCCCACUGACAAAGAAAUGAUCCGUCUAUAAUUUUAAUGGUAGGUUUAUUUGAACAGUGAGAGACAGAAUAACAACAACAAAAAUCCAGAAAAACGCAUGUCAAAAAUGUUAUAAAUUGAUUUGCAUUUUAAUGAGGGAAAUAAGUAUUUGACCCCCUCUCAAUCAGAAAGAUUUCUGGCUCCCAGGUGUCUUUUAUACAGAUAUCAAACUGAGAUUAGGAGCACACUCUUAAAGGGAGUGCUCCUAAUCUCAGUUUGUUACCUGUAUAAAAGACACCUGUCCACAGAAGCAAUCAAUCAGAUUCCAAACUCUCCACCAUGACCAAGACCAAAGAGCUCUCCAAGGAUGUCAGGGACAAGAUUGUAGACCUACACAAGGCUGGAAUGGGCUACAAGACCAUCGCCAAGCAGCUUGGUGAGAAGGUGACAACAGUUGGUGCGAUUAUUCGCAAAUGGAAGGAACACAAAAUAACUGUCAAUCUCCCUCGGCCUGGGGCUCCAUGCAAGAUCUCACAUCGUGGAGUUGCAAUGAUCAUGAGAAUGGUGAGGAAUCAGCCCAGAACUACACGGGAGGAUCUUGUCAAUGAUCUCAAGGCAGCUGGGACCAUAGUCACCAAGAAAACAAUUGGUAACACACUACGCCGUGAAGGACUGAAAUCCUGCAGCGCCCGCAAGGUCCCCCUGCUCAAGAAAGCACGUAUACAGGCCCGUCUGAAGUUUGCCAAUGAACAUCUGAAUGAUUCAGAGGAGAACUGGGUGAAAGUGUUGUGGUCAGAUGAGACCAAAAUCGAGCUCUUUGGCAUCAACUCAACUCGCCGUGUUUGGAGGAGGAGGAAUGCUGCCUAUGACCCCAAGAACACCAUCCCCACCGUCAAACAUGGAGGUGUAAACAUUAUGCUUUGGGGGUGUUUUUCUGCUAAGGGGACAGGACAACUUCACCGCAUCAAAGGGACGAUGGACGGGGCCAUGUACCAUCAAAUCUUGGGUGAGAACUUCCUUCCCUCAGCCAGGGCAUUGAAAAUGGGUCGUGGAUGGGUAUUCCAGCAUGACAAUGACCCAAAACACACGGCCAAGGCAACAAAGGAGUGGCUUAAGAAGAAGCACAUUAAGGUCCUGGAGUGUCCUAGCCAGUCUCCAGACCUUAAUCCCAUAGAAAAUCUGUGGAGGGAGCUGAAGGUUCGAGUUGCCAAACGUCAGCCUCGAAAUCUUAAUGACUUGGAGAAGAUCUGCAAAGAGGAGUGGAACAAAAUCCCUCCUGAAAUGUGUGCAAACCUGAUGGCCAACUACAAGAAAAGUCUGACCUCUGUGAUUGCCAACAAGGGUUUUGCCACCAAGUACUAAGUCAUGUUUUGCAGAGGGGUCAAAUACUUAUUUCCCUCAUUUAAAAUACAAAUAAAUUCAAAACAUUUUUGACAUGCGUUUUUCUGAUUUUUUUUUGUUAUUCUGUCUCACUGUUCAAAUAAACCUACCCUUUAAAAUUAUAGACUGAUAAUUUCUUUGUCAGUGGGCAAACGUACAAAAUCAGCAGGGGAUCAAAUACUUUUUUCCCUCACUGUAUUAAAGUACCAGUCAAAGAUUUGGAAACACCUACUCAUUCCAGGGUUUUACUUAAUUUUUACUAUUUUCUACAUUGUAGAAUAAUAGUAAAGACAUCAAAACUAUGAAAUAACACAUAUGGAAUAAUGUAGUAACCAAACAAGUGUUAAACAAAUCAAAAUAUAUUUGAGAUUCUUCAAAGUAGCAACCCUUUGCCUUGUUCACAGCUUUGCACACUCUUGGCAUUCUCAACCAGCUUCAUGAGGAAUGCUUUUCCAACAGUCUUGGAGUUCCCACAUAUGCUGAGCACUUGUUGGCUGCUUUUCCUUAAUUCUGAAAUGUUCCGGAUUGACUGACCUUCAUGUCUUAAAGUAAUGAUGGACUGUCGUAAUAUGGAGUUGGUAUUUUACCAAAUAGGGCUAUCUUCUGUAUGUAUACCACCCCUACCUUGUCACAACACAACUGAUUUGGCUCAAACGCAUAAAGAAUGAAAGAAAUUCCACAAAUUAACUUUUAACAAGGCACACCUGUUAAUUGAAAUGAUUUCCAGCUGACUACCCCAUGAAGCUGGUUGAGAGAAUGCCAAGAGUGUACAAAGCUAUUUGGCAAAGGGUGGCUAUUUUGAAGAAUCUCAAAUAUAAAAUAUAUUUUGAUUUGUUUAACACUUUUGGUUACUACAUGAUUCCAUAUGUGUUAUUUCAUAGUUUUGAUGUCUUUACUAUUAUGCUACAAUGUAGAAAAUAGUAAAAAAUAAAGAAAAACCCUGGAAUGAGUAUGUGUCCAAACUUUGGACUGGGACUGUAUAUAGUAUGGUUUGGGAAAGCCAAUCCUGUAAAACUGAUGGGAUUUUGAUAGCAUCUUUGGAUAUUUUGUGAUGUUUUACCAUUUCAGCUCAAACUUCAUAAUUUAAAAGGGUCUAGAAAACCUGAGUGGUGUCUUUCUUGUAACUGUAAACCAUUGUUAUACAAGCGUAAAUGGAAAUGCAGCACACAUUCCCCUGUUGCCCACCAGGUGGCAGUAGACCCAUCUGCAGCAUUAGACCUGACUGGGUGUUUGUGGCUGCUUAAGUAGUCAGGAGAUGAGGGCUCUGUCUGUUAACAACAAUACCACACACACACACAUGGCUCCAGCCAUCUUAAAGGGAUACUUUGGGAUUUUGAGUGGUAUCUACUUUCCCAAGAGUCAGAUGUACUAGUGGAUAUCAUUUUUAGGCAUCUGUGUCCAGUAUGAAGGAAGUUAGAGGUAGUUUUGCGAGCCAAUGCUAGCUAGUGUUAGCGCAAUGACCAGCAGGACCACUGAGGUUGUUACUGAGAUGUGGACCAUUCCAUUACUAUCUCUUCACGCCCAUUUCCAUUGUGCUUCUCCCACACUGCUACUUCGCUCUAAUUACACUCUUCGCUCUAAUGACUCGCUCUCUCUUUUGCUCUCCCCCCAGCAGUGGUGGUAGGGAGGGAGGGAGGGAGGGGGAGCUGCAUUGCCCUGCCCAUUAGCCUACAUGGUGAUGUUGACAGCAGGAGAAACCCUCCUCAGUGUUUUCCAUUCAGGCCAGGCUGGCUCUUUUAAACCACCUCCACAGCAUGGCUGUCCUCCUAUUAUACAUUAACUAGUCCUUUUACCAUACUGUGACUGUCUGCUUGGACUGUAGCGGCAUAGACUAACCUUGUUUCAAAUGGUCACAAUGAUUUGGUAAUACAUAUUUCAGAUGGUCAUAGCAGUGAUGUCAUCUUGAGUUGUUUGUGUGUCUGACUAAUUUAUAUGCACAGUAUUAUAUGAAUUAAACCCAUUAUCUCUCUUUCUGUCCAACAGGACAUACAAGAGUGGCUCAGGAGUGAACAACAGAAGAACAGAACUGUUUCUGAAGGAGCAUGAACACCUGAGAAAGUAA